AUGGCCACUGAUAGUGAAACUUCACUACGCGCCUCGCGAGGCUAUGUUAAAGGGGCGAUUACUCGUCUUCACAGUUUUGUUAGCAACGAGUCUGAAUUAGAAGAAAGUACCUUACAGGCCCUUACAACGCGUAAAGAAAGACUGCUCACAGCCUUCCGUGAAUAUGAAGGAUUUAAUAUGCGGAUUCUUUCAAUGCGACCAGAUGAUGACGAGGACGUAGCAGCUGUUGAAAAUAAAUAUCUAUAUACUCUUACCGUUCUUAAUGAAGUGAUUAGCCGUAAGACUUCUAGUGUAGAGGACUCUAAAGGUCAUGUUAGUACUAUUGCACGAUCAAAAACUAAGUUGCCCGCGAUUCAAAUGUCCAUAUUUUCUGGUAAUUAUGUUGAAUAUGUAGCGUUUCAAUCAUUGUUUACUUCAUUGAUUCAUAAUGACUUAACAUUAGAUAAUGUUCAGAAGUUGUAUUAUCUUAGGUCUUAUUUAAAAAACGAACCGUAUGAUCUUAUUAAGAACUUACCAUUAACAGCCAGUAGCUAUGAUCAAGCUAGACAAUUAUUAGACGAGAGAUAUAACAAUAGGUAUCGUAUUGUAAAUGAACAUAUUGGUCAAUUACUAGACUUACCUGCGCUUGUCAAAUCAACCCCUGAAAACAUUCGAAAUUUUGUAGCGAGUCUUAAGCAGACUUUGGCUGCUCUGCAAAACUUAGAUGUGAAGGUUGAAACUUGGGAUCCAAUAAUUGUUUGUAUUCUUAAUCGUAAGUUAGAUACAUACACGGCUCGGUCGUAUCAAAUGGAAAGAGAUACUGCCGAGGAACACAGCGUCAAGCACUUCAUCGAGUAUCUUGAGAAGAGGGCACUUGCAUUGGAGAACGCUGCGCCGUCAACUGCGAUGUCAUCUACAAAAGCCAAGGGUUUAUCAAUCAACGUAGCGGCUGCUGGUGAGAAGGCGGUGACGUGUCAUUACUGUAAGUCCAACAAUCAUAAAUUAUUUUUCUGUAAUACAUUCAAAUUAAUAACUUCUGUGGAACGCUAUAAAUUCUGUAAAGACAAUAAGUUAUGUCUGAUUUGUUUGAAUAAGCACAAUGGAAAAUGCAAAUUUCAUUUCAAAUGCGAUCAGUGCAAAAAGGCACACAACUCACUAGUUCAUCAUGGCGAAUGUGACGAAGGUCUUGUUUCCUUAUUAUCCAAGGGCCACGAUUCUAAGGUUUUGCUUCCCACAGUACAAGUGAAAUUAUUCACAAAGGAUAAAAAGACGAUAAUAGUGAAGGCGAUUUUAGAUACAGGUUCACAAGCCUCCCUCGCUACGAGCAAGUUAAUCCAGCAAUUGGGUUUAACUCCAACACCCAACAAUACAAAUAUAAUAGGUGUAGGCAAUGCUCAGAAUAAUACAAGAUAUUGUAUUCCAUUAAACAUACACUCUGUGAAUUCUUCUUUUAAUAUGACUGCCAAUUUUUAUGUAGUCGAAAAAAUUACCUGCAAGCAUCCACAAACAAAACUUGAUAUUCGGCAAUUGAAAUUACCUCCCAAUAUAGUGUUGGCAGAUGAUCAAUUUGAUGUUCCAUCUGAAAUAAAUCUCUUAAUGGGUGCUGACAUAUUUUUCCAUGUGAUAAUGCCCAAUGAGCCUGAGCGACCGUGGUCUCGAAAUCUGCACCGGCCGCUACCUAGUCAAGAUGACAUUACGCCCUGCAUUAUCAAUACACGUUUUGGAUAUAUUAUUGGUGGUUCAAUGCUUGAAUAUCAGCAAGCUUCAAAACAGGUAACAUCACUAUUAUGUAUUAAAUGCGAUCCUGAAAUCAAUGAUAAUAUCAAAUUAUUUUGGGAAGCUGAGAGUAUACCACAAACCUUUUCUGAGAAUCAAAGUGAACAAGAGUUAGCUGAAACUAUCUUUCAGAAAUCUGUAGAAUUGAUUGAUAAUAGAUUCCAGGUGAAUUUACCUCUUAAAGUCGAGGAUAAUGAAAUUCAUAAUUACUUGGGUAAUUCUUUUGUAUUAGCUUGGCAUCGAUUUUUAAGUUUGGAAAGGCGUUUACAAAAGAAUAUUAAUCUAUUGUCAGAAUAUAAUAAAUUUAUUCACGAAUAUGUAGAGCUAGGUCAUGGCGAUUUUAUUAACUUUGAUUUCUAUGAUUUUGACAAAGAUGCUGUAUAUUUUUUACCGCAUCAUGCGGUCAUUAAUGAAUCGAGUAAAACUGCUCGCACAAGAGUCGUUUUUGAUGCCUCAAUGAAGACGGAUAAAAAGGUUUCAUUAAACGAUUUAUUACUGAAUGGACCUUCAGUCCAGAAAGAGCUUUUUGAUGUAAUUUUAUUGUUCCGAAUUGGUAAAUAUACGUUUUCCACGGAUAUAAGGCGUAUGUUUAGAAAUAUUCUGGUGAAUCCCAAACACAGGGCUCUUCAAAAUAUUCCUUGGCGAAAUAAUCCUGAUGAGGCAAUAAAAUGUAUACGUUUAAAUACUGUUACGUACGGUAUGAAAAGUUCAAGUUAUUUAUCAACUCGUUGUUUACUCGAACUUACUGAACUAUUUGGUCAAGAAUUUCCUAUAGCUUCAUUUAUAUUGCGAAACUGUACUUACGUCGAUGAUAUCCUCUAUUCGUCAUCAGAUCUUAGUGAAAUAAAAGAAGCUAAGCAACAAUUACAGUCUUUGCUACAAAAAGGAAGUUUUGAAACACAUAAAUGGUCAGCUAAUGAUCCAGAAAUUUUGUCUGAUGUUCCAAUUAGUAAACAACAUUUUGACGAGCUAGAGUUGCAAAAGGAUAAUUAUAGCAUGAAAGUAUUAGGUUUAAAUCUAGAUAUAAAGAAUGAUUGGUUUAAUAUCACAUGCCCAGAAACUAUUGAUAUAAAAUCGAAACUGUGGGCUGAAGGUAUUAUUAGUUGGGAUGCUUCUCCCUCCGAUCAUGUUAAAGAAGAAUGGUUGUUUUUUAUUGACGGUCUUAAGGCAAUGGAACCUAUUCAUAUUAAUAGAAAUAUACCAAUUCCAUUAGGUUCUAAGGCUGUUCAAUUGAUCGGCUUUGCUGAUGCCUCAAGUUGGUUGAAUACUGAUAUUUUUAAUUUACAAGCAUAUGUGGCUAACCGAGUAAAAGUGAUUACAGAAAAAACUGUACAAUUUCAAUGGAAUUAUGUUAACACAAAGGAAAAUCCAGCCGAUUUAAUAAGUAGAGGUAUAGAUCCAAAAGAAUUACCAUCUUGCUCUCUAUGGUGGAACGGACCAGACUUUCUAAAAGACAAUAGUGAAAUUUUCGCUGAUAAUGGAGGUGCUUUCAAGGGUGCGGCGAACCAGUUUGUUGAACUUUACCGGCUCCAAGCUUCCAAGGGUCAUCAAACGCGAAUACAAGCGUAUGCAGCGCAGCAAGGGAUGAAAUUUCACUUCAUACCCAGUUAUUCACCUACUUUUGCUGGCCUGGCAGAAGCUGCUGUCAAGAUUCAGAUAGAGGGUGUCUUAAAUUCAAGGCCUAUUUUACCUAUGGGUUCUGAUAUAACGGAUUUUAGUUAUCUAACUCCCGGUCAUUUCUUGACUGGUAAUGCUAUUGUAGCUUAUCCUGAAAAUGAUUUUAGAUCCAAAUGGCAAAAGAGUUAUCCUAAUGUAACAGUAGGAAUGUUGGUGAUACUCAAGGACCCAAACAAUCCUCCUUUGCACUGGCCUAUGGCUAGAAUAAGUAAGGUUUUUCCAGGUAGAGAUGGGAAGGUUAGAGCUUUCGAAGUUGUAACACCUAAUGGUAAAACUUAUAAACGUUCCUUAUCUGGUAUAUGUAUUCUUCCUAUAAAUGAUGCCUAG